AUGUCCUCGCCAUUGAUCCUGAGCCUCAGCACGGUAUUCGCUCUGAUCGGUAUUGUGUUGGUGGCGAUCGCGUUUGGUACCAACAACUGGCAGGAAUACCGCGUAGAUCGCGCCGCGCUGAAACUACAGCUGAGUCGAUCCGACCGGCCACAAUCCGGACCCCGCCAGGACGUCGUCAACCGCUCCGAUCUCUUCUACAGCCGCGUAUACGGUCUCUUCAGAGAGUGCUUCCCGAACGAAGUGCCCACCGUCGCUAGGCGUCUGCUUCUCUUUGAUCUUGUCUUCGAUCGGACGGCGAGAGGACAGGUUCUCAUAGAGCGCGACACUUGCGAUGUCUUUGAUGUGCAGAGGUCAGAUCACAAGAAACAGUUUUUCGUCCCUUCUCGAGACAGCGGCAUCGUUCUCAGCAAUAACCGUGUAGAUGGAAUGAGCAGCGAACGUUCGUGGUGA